AUGAAGGGGAAAUAUUUGGUAACGGUUAUUCUCUUGGUUGGCACAUUAAGUGAGGGGAUGUGUUCUAAUGGUUGGAUUAGGGCUCAUGCAACAUUUUAUGGUGUUAAUGAUAGCCCUGCUUCACUUGGAGGAGCUUGUGGAUAUGACAAUCCUUACCACGCCGGAUUCGGAGCCCAUACGGCGGCGCUAAGCGGUGCGCUAUUCAGAAGCGGCGAGUCAUGUGGUGGUUGCUACCAAGUGAGGUGCGACUAUUGGGCGGAUCCUAAGUGGUGUCUCCGAGGAGCCGCCGUGACGGUGACAGCUACAAACUUUUGUCCGUCGUCGAACAACAACGGAGGUUGGUGCAAUCUCCCUCGCCACCACUUUGACAUGUCAAUGCCCGCUUUCUUCCGCAUUGCCCGUCGCGGCAACGAAGGCAUCGUCCCCGUCUUCUAUCGCCGGGUGGGAUGCAAAAGGAGAGGUGGUGUGAGGUUCACGAUGAGAGGUCAAGGGAACUUCAAUAUGGUAAUACUGUCAAACGUUGGCGGGGGCGGCGCGGUGAAAGCGGUUGCGGUGAGAGGGUCAAGGGGAAAGACUUGGCUUCAGAUGACUCGUAAUUGGGGUGCCAACUGGCAGAGCUCCGGCGACCUCCGGGGACAGAGACUCUCCUUUAGAGUUACUCUUUUUGACCGCAAAACGAUGACUUUUUUAAACGUUGUCCCUUCUUCUUGGUGGUUCGGCCAAACCUUCUCUUCUCGAGGCCAAUUCCUCUGAC